AUGGACGCACAUGUUGCUUCACAUGUGCGUAUUGAUACGUACAGAAAAGAAGAAGACCUGAAAGAUGUCAUGCGACUUAUUGAAAAAGAACUUAGUGAGCCGUAUCACAUUUAUACAUAUCGCUACUUCCUACACGAUUGGCCAGAUCUAAGCUUUCUUGCAUGGUGGGAGGAGCAAGCAGUAGGUGUGAUUGUCUGCAAGCUUGAUCGCCAUAUGCGUGGCUCGCGCCUUAUGCGUGGCUACAUCGCGAUGCUCAGUGUCGAUCCACGAUAUCGUGGUCAGGGUAUUGCCACUAAGCUGGUCUCUGCAGCUGUGCAAAGGAUGAAAGAGCGUGGCGCUGAAGAGGUGGUACUAGAAACAGAAGUGACCAACAAAUCCGCCCUACGGCUGUAUGAAAACCGCGGUUUUGUGCGUGAAAAGCGCCUCUAUCGAUUUUACCUGAAUGGCAAUGAUGCGUUUCGCUUAGUUCUGCCCAUCGCAGAGCCACAUAUACCCAAAGCGCCUCCGCUUCCACCACGACACCCACUCGGUCUCGGCCCCAUCAUGUAG